AUGCAGCCGGCUCAGGGCAGGGUGUCCUUUGAGGCGGUGGCUAUAUACUUCACCCUGGAGGAGUGGGCCUUCCUGCGCCCCUCCCAGAGAGCUCUCUACAAGGAAGUCAUGCUGGAGAAUUUUGGGAACGUGACCUCUCAAAGAAUUCAUGAGGAGGAGAACCCAUGUAAGUGGCUAGUGUGUGGAAAAAUCUUACUUCCCAUCAAAGAUGACAAUCUUGCUUCCCAUCAAAGAUUUCAUAAGGAGAAACCAUGUAAAUGCCUGGAAUGUGGAAUCAGCGUCAGUAAAAGUGGCCACCUUACUGUCCAUCAAAGAAUUCAUACAGGUGAGAAACCAUAUAAAUGCCUGGAGUGUGGGAAAUGUUUCAGUGAGAGUGGACGCCUUACUUCUCAUAAAAGAAUUCAUACAGGUGAGAAACCAUACAAAUGUCUAGAAUGUGGGAAAAGCUUCAGCCGGAGAGACAGUCUAAUUCCCCAUCAAAGAAUUCACACAGGAGAGAAACCAUAUGAAUGCCUGGAGUGUGGAAAAAGCUUUAGGCACAAGGGAAGUGUUACUGUCCAUCAAAGAAUUCACAAAAGGAAGAAAACAUAUGAAUGUUUGGUGUGUGGGGAAAGCUUCAGUCACACUAAAAGCUUGUCUUCCCAUCAAAGAAUUCACACAGGGAAGAAACCAUAUGAAUGCCUCGAGUGUGGGAAGAGCUUCAGUCACAAUGGAAGCCUUACUGUCCAUCAAAGAAUUCACACAGGGGAGAAACCAUAUAAAUGCCUGAAGUGUGGAAAAAGCUUCCGCCACAGGAAAAGCUUGUAUUCCCAUCAAAGAAUUCACACAGGGGAGAAACCACAUAAAUGCCUGGAGUGUGGGAAAUGCUUCAGUCGGACAGACAGCCUAACUAUCCAUCAAAGAAUUCACACAGGGGAGAAACCAUAUGAAUGCCUGGAGUGUGGGAAAAGCUUCAGUCACACUACAAGCUUGUCUUCCCAUCAGAGAAUUCACACCAGGGAGAAACCAUAUGAAUGUUUGGAGUGUGGGAAAUGCUUCAGUCAGAGUACAACCUUGUCUUCCCAUCAAAGAAUUCACACAGGGAAGAAACCAUAUGAAUGCCUGGAGUGUGGAAAGAGCUUCAGUCGGAGUUCAAACCUUACUGUCCAUAAAAGAAUCCACACAGGGGAGAAACCAUAUGAAUGUUUGGAGUGUGGGAUGAGCUUCAGUGAUAGUGGACACCUUACUUCCCAUCAAAGAAUUCACACAGGAGAGAAACCAUAUAAAUGCCUGGAGUGCGGGAAAAGCUUCGGUCACAGGAAAAGCGCGACUUCCCAUCAAAGAAUUCACACAGGAGAGAAACCACAUAAAUGCCUGGAGUGUGGGAAAUGCUUCAGUCGGAGAGACAGUCUAACUAUCCAUCAAAGAAUUCACACAGGAGAGAAGCCAUAUAAAUGCCUGAAGUGUGGAAGCAGCUUCAGUAUCAGUGGACAACUUACUGUCCAUGAAAGAAUUCACACAGGGGUGAAAUCAUAUAUAUGCCUGGCUUGUGGGAAAAGCUUCAAUCAGAGUUCAAAUCUUACUGUCCAUCAAAGAAUUCAUACGGGAGAGAAACCAUAUAAAUGCAUGGAAUGUGGGAAAAGCUUCGGUCACAGAAAAAGCUUGUAUUCCCAUCAAAGAAUUCACACAGGGGAGAAACCAUAG